CUCAUAUCGUCUACCGUGCGGAUCGACACAACUGUACACACGUACACACCUAACCUGAGCAACUCGGGACUUGCACAACCGUCAACGACCUCACCUGGUCUCCUCUUCGAUCCAGUCCAGCUCAAGCCGACCUCGACCCUGGCAUCGUCUUGAACUCUCGACCACCAGCGAUGUCCAGGACAACAUCGUCCGAAGACAGAUAUAAAGACAGAGACUCGGCAGGCUCUGCAGCGUCCGGGCUGGGAAUCGCCAACAUUGACCUGCCUUCCAAAUCGUCCCACUCGGGGAGCAGCCAUCACAAUCACAACAUCUCUACCAAUAUGAACUCGACCUCCAACAACAAUGUAGGGGCAGGUCCAGGUCCGAAUCGAUCGGAAACCCCUUCUACCUCUUCCUUGUCCUUCAGCGACUAUCGACCCGCCAACGGGAACCCUAGCCCUCGAACCCGGCUGAGACGUCCAAAGAGCACCAACGAGCUGGGCAACUCGUUCGGAUCCCGGGCGAGCCAGAAGAGCAGGCUCGGACAAGCCGGUGGAAGCUACCAGCCUCUGACGGAGGACGUUGACGACUUCGCACACCAUCAAGCAGGACCGAGAGCGGGGCCUUCGGGAUCGAUGCGACCCGACUUCAACAGGCUUCGAUCCGACUACCCGCCCUUGUCUAGAUUUUCACCCCCUACCCCCUCAGUCGAGGCUGGAAACAACCCGAACAGACAAUUGGGUUAUGUCAACCCCAACCCGGGUGGAGGGAGGUACCAGUUGACAGCCGGGUUGCCUUGGAAAGCUGGGCCCGUACAUACGCCCAACCCGAACCAAGGUUCACGUCAAGGGGACCACGCCGGACCGUCUUCGUCGUCGGCGUAUCAGCAAUCCGGAGGAUAUGGCAAUAACAGCCACAGCACCAACGAGUAUCCUCGCCGACCGCUCGGACCUGGGAUCGCCGCUGCUUCUACUGGAGGGAACAACACCCCCUAUAUUCCCGUCAUGGAGCCAUCCUUCUCGACCGUCACUUACGGUUCCGCCGUCUUCCCACCCCGUGCCGAAGGCCCUCGAAAACGAGCUCUGAGCGAGGGAGAAUGUCAGCUCGUCCGCCAGGGUACCCUCUUGACCCCCCACGCAGGUUCCAAACGGGCCAGUGCGGAAUUGGGCGUGAUGCUUGGCAAUUCGAAUCAGAAGGCCAACAAGCGGAAGUUGUUACCCCAGGGAGAGCUGCCGAUCGAGGAAAAGCUGGCCAAAUUGGAUCAGGUCGGGUUGGAGGCGAGACGCGGAAGGAGGGCGAGGGUCGAGGUGGACGUCGUACUCGAGAGCGAGACGUUUGUCGAAGGAGGCGAAUUGAGGGGGAGGUUGGAGGUCCGCAUCAGAAGAGGCAAAAAGGGAGAGAACCUGUGGAUCGGGGGAGGAAAGGUCAGGGUGUGUGGGUAUGAAGAACACGCACAUACGGCCACCCGACACAUCUUUUACCAUUAUCCUCACCAGCUACCUAUUUUCGCGCCCGGAAACGACGAGUAUCAUCCGAUCUUCGCUUCCCCACCUAAUGAAGAUGGCUAUAGAUUGGCAAGGGAGGGUGUGCAUAUUAUCCCGUUCUCAGUCAGGUUGCCCUUGGGCGGAGGUGCCAAGGGUGGGUGGUCCGGCAGUGUGCACUCUGGAGUCCGAUACGUUGUCGUCGGUUCCAUCAAGCUGCACACGCCCGAGACCAAAAAGAGGGCCAUCGCGCACUUUUACCGACCAUGCACCAUCUACCCCUAUAUUGAGCCUGGAUUCGUCUUUAACAGCAGCGCGGGAGCAGCUGAAGUACACACGGAACAAGGCCUGGGAUGGUCCUUGUCCGGCGACAAGGGGCAAGUUCAGGUCAGCAUCAAGCUGCCUCGACCGAAUUGGAUCGCCGGACAGCAAGUCUGGUUGGAUAUUACCGUCAACAACAAGAGCGCCAGGAAAAUCAAGACCAUGACGCUCGCUUUGUUGAGGACGGUUACCUUGUUCAGUCCGCCGGCCACGAACAGCAAGCAGACGGUCCUGUCCCCGGAUCUUGCCAAGUAUUCCGGAAAGAGCAACAGGAAGAAGCUUUUCGAGCACACGACCGAGGCGAGCGCGGGUCCUGGUUCGGGAUACGUCGGCUCGACCGGAUGGUGGACUGGUGUACAGCCUGGUGAACGGGUCAGAUGGCAAUCGAGUCUUACUCUUCCGGCUGAAUGUCUGACGAUCGUCCGAUCGCGCCUCAUCGAUGUUUCAUACGCCAUUCGACUGACGCUUAACGGUUCGGUGCAUCUCGAUGUCCCAGUGUCCAUCCUCAACUACCAAUCGAUCGAUCCUCCUCCCACGUGCGCCUUUUCUGCCGGCCUACCUCGGUCCUACGAGUUACCGGUCGAGCAGGACGGCUUUGCCGAAUCGGAACCGUAUCCGAUGUCCAUGCCAAUGCCCACUCCAGUCAACAACCGUAGACUGAUCAACUCUGGGCCGGCAGCUUACCCUCAGGACGAAUACGCCGAUCUCGGAUUGAACCAUCCUCCACGACCUCCUCACUUUCCGCUCGGACCCCCCUUGAAGAUGCCAGAGACAAUAGCGGAGCGACGCCGACCGCUAUCAAUGGAAAGUGGGAUGCACUCUCAAAACACCAAAGUCUCGUUUGUACCCACAUUGCCCCCCCUUCCCGGCCAGAUGGGCAGCUUGAGGUCCCGACCCAACUCGAUGUAUUCGAUGGGGCGAGCACAGUCGACGCCCGUCUUGCGUCCGGGUGCUAGCAGGAGGGAUACUACUUUAUCAUAUCUCUCUGCGGUCGCAUCUCUGGAUGAAGGGGAUUUGCAUCAGGUCGAAGCACGUCGCCGUGCUGGACGGCAAGCGAGCCUGGCGGCCAUUAUGUACGGGCGUGAUAACGACGAUCAAGAGGUCAUGGUGGACGAGGAAGAGGUCAAUGUGACCCCUUCGACCGGCACGUUUGCCCCUCAGACAGCAACGCAAUCUGUGGAGGGAUCUCCGGAUGACCGAGAGUUGUCUGAAGCGCAAGAAGAUCUCGACUUUGUCAAGGCGACAUCGACGCCCCAAGCAGACACUCGUUACGGCUUUCCCUCGCCCGCCCAGGUGUCGGCAGACCCUUCGUCGCGAGAUUCCGAGUCGCGGUACUUGGAAGAGGAUCUCCAGGACGAGCAUGCUUACCGAAGCAGGUUCCCUACCGCACAGACCGAGAACGAUGACAAUCUGGAGAACAACGCUCCUGCACCAGCCGCGAUACUGCGUUCUCCUCUCCAUCAAGUCGCCCAAUCGGCCAUGAGUCACAGCGUAUACGAUGAUAGCGAAGAGGAAGGGGACGGGGAAGCACCGGAGCACAGCGGCCGCGAGCGCUCGACCACCUUGUCCACCGAAAGCCUGGAACAACACAACCAGUCUCAGCCCAUGUUGAUGCCGCUGUCCGAUCGCACGCGUCAAGCGCACAUCGGUGCGACUCGAUCGAUGUAUGGGUCCUUUGCGGCCUCGGCUGUCAGCGUAGCUAGCGGACAAGAAUCAGAGAUCGGUCAGGUUGUCGAAGCGAUUCGCCGGAAUCUGACCAUGAGAAAUUCGCCCACGAGAGCGGAUAGCCCUGGUGGAGAAGCCAGGAGCGUGGACACGCUACCUGAAGUAUUGCCAAACUUGAGGCGCUACCUCGACGUACCCCGGAGUAAUUCUCUUGGCGUCUUGCCAGAGACCCCUGAAGCUCUAGGUAGGAGACCGUCAGCUCCUGCAAUCGCCACUCGCAGGCCCUCAAAUUGGUCCGGUCUCUCGGCAACGGAUCGCGCACCCCAGGCGGAACCCUACGGUGGCGUCUGGCUGAACUCGCCCUACCGACAGGUGUCUAAUGGUCAGGGAACCGUUAUCGAGCGUAGCGUUUCUCCGCUCAGGCAGCAGACCGCACCCUCCUUGCAAGCUCAAAGCCCUGUUGGAUCCCUUAGACAGACGAUGUCCUACGACCAGUCACCUCGUAACGCCCGUCAAGCUAGCCAAUCGUCGGGAUACGAUGCACCUCGUCCUCCUAGCCUAGCCCCUCCUCUAGAGGCCGACGAGCCUGCCCCUGGCCUCGCUCCCUCAGUCGCAAGCGACUCUGCGUCCUCUCACUCGCACGAGGACGAAAGAGCUACUACUCCCACUCAGUCCAGACCGACGCCCUUUGCUCGCGAUUCCAGCGGCCCAUUGACACCAACGCAAGAGACGGCUCGUGAGGGUCUUGAGGUUCGCAUCUGGAGGGACUCAAACUCUUCGGCCACCACGAGCAACCCUCGGCACUCUUUGAAGAGCCCUAAACGUCUGCGGAUCCCGAGCGGUCCUCGUGAAAAGCCUAGCAUCUCUCCUAAAUCGCCUUACCGACCCAGGUACCCCUCGACCGCAGAGGAACCCAUGCCUCAAAAUCCUGAACGUUUAACAGUGACGAUCCCCGAGGUCCCUACCGCUUCGCCAGUGGAAGGUUCGCCCAACAAGUCGAUCACCGGAUCCGGUCGUUUCGCCAGGUCGCCAGUCCACAUGUCACCUCGCUCUACAUCUCGGUACCAAGACUAUGGUCCGGUUGAGCGGCUUGGCCAGUCUCCUGGAAAGUUGCAUAGCAACCCGUCUCGCCGAGCUUCUCCGAUGGAUUUGAGCGCGAAACAGCUCGAACGCCAGUCGUCUCAGAACUCGGUCCGAAGCACCAGUACGACGGCGACUCAGCUCGAGACCAUGCUCUUGGAACGAAAGGGAUCCUCUUACGUCUUUGAGCAUAGCAAAUAUAUGCAGGACUGGACCGGGUACCAUAAAGCCGCUGCUCCUUAUCGGUCGGCUGGACUGGAGGGCGACGAUGAGGACGAGACUGAAAGCUUGAGUCUACUAUAAUCUUCAGAUGUUUCGCCUGCCGUUUCAUUCACUUGUACCCGUUGUAUCUAUAUGCACGUGUUCAAAAGCUAUCAAUACACCUCGAUGCUACUAUACCUUCCCGUCCAAACCUAGUCCAUUACAAUCCUGUUCUUCCCCAACUUCCGCAAGACUCAGUAACCACCCCGACCCAUUGCCCGAUCCCAAGCCCCUCUCCAGCCAACCGAACCCAUGGGAACUCC